AUGGAGAGUGUAAAGCAGCAGAUGCCGAUGUUAAGCUCCGGCUCGGUUCGGGCGCACGGAGCUGAGCCACAGCCCCGAGCCGCCGCCGCCCUCGUUAGCGCAGCAGCGCGCCCCUGGCACCCGGGGUACCCGUGGGGAGGGGGGGGACAAAACACAAUCGUAGAGUCAUCUUACCUCGGAGCCGAGCGAGCAGCCUGCGAGGCAGCAGCGGGAGCAGCGCGGCUCCUGCCUCCCUCCCUCCCUCCCCGCCGGCCGCUCCGUCCCCGCCCGCCCCGCCGGGCUCCGCUCCCGCCGGGCUCCCCCCGCCCCCGGCCGCCAGUCCCCCGCCUCAGCCCCGCACACAUCCGCCACUCAGGGCCACCCUUCCGAGGCAAUCCUUGCCGGUGCAAAUCCCCCGAGGCUUCUCUCCGCCAGAGCGUGGAACAAAAUUGCCGCUUCCCCCGAGUUGUUUGUCGGGCUGUGCUGGCGCUCGGCAGCAGGAACAAAGGGAAUGUGGAAAUGAAAGAGAGAGGGAGAGAGAGGCUGGCAGAUGUGAUGAGAUGCGGUGAAGGUGUAUCCAGCUUGGCACUCCCACUCCUCUCUUCUCCUCUCAUUGCAGCCCUGGGUGACUCUCAGGCUAACACAAACAGCUUUUCUUCCGCAGCCUGCCCUCUGUCACUGUCAGUUUCAUGAAUUCAAAAGCAACUUACCAGUGAUUUCUGGGAGCUGGGGCUGAUUCUCUUGUGUAUUUGUAAGUAUUUAUUAUUUUCUCUGUUAUGUGCACCCUUCUAAUACUCUUUUGAUAUGGGGAAUGGAAAUAAUUUUGAAAUGUCACUGUUGUAUCACAUGUUUUAGCAUGUUCAUUUAGCAAGAAUUUGACCUCACUACUUUUUUUUUUUUGCCACCAACUUAUGGGUCUGUUAUUCUGAAUAGCAGAAUACUGAAUUAACAGUAAAUAUUAUUAUUUCAAACUUUAUUUUUGUAAUAAUAACAAUGUCAUUUUUGUAAUAAUAACAACGAUGGGAGAACAGCUUAACGUAACACAUCAAUGGUGGCACUUGCAUCAAAUUUCUGCAAUAAAAAUCAUUUCUAGAAAAGAACUGGGGCUGUGACUCAAGACAGGCAGGACUUUUAGAGGAAAUGCUGUGUGGUGUUGUUGAGGAAACACUGGGAGGACCAGCAUCUGCUGAACUAGGAAUACAUUUUUGUAUCCUUGAGAAAUCUGGCUUUUAUUUUUUCAGCAUAACCAUAAUCAUUGAGGCCACAGCUCGGGAACAUUUUCAGAGUUAUACCUGAGCUCAAAUACAUCAAAUGGGACUACACCUCAACAGAAAUGUUUGGAGAAAGGGAAAACCAGAGGAGAGGCUCUAGGAGGAAGAUAAUUAUUCAUGAAACAAAUAGAAAACUUUCAGAAUUUCUGUUUUGGAUGGUCCUCAGCUUUAGUCAAGUAUAAUAAGGAAAAUCUAAUGGGCUCUAGACUUGGCAUGAUGUAAAUUAUUGCAAUAGCUCAUGUAUGAUGUAGUAUAAAUGAAACCAAUCUUUGCAGCUUGUUCUCUUAAGUCACAAAUAUAGUUUAUGAAUAAAUAUUUAUUCAAUCAUUUGUGGAAAAAGAUGUUCACAAAACUGCAUUCAUCAGGGAAAAAGUAUGGCCUCUCAAUAUGGAAAUGUGUUCAAUUUGUACUAACCCUUCCUCUUUACAAAUGUUC